UCUGUGCUGAUCUGUGGAUGCGCUGCGGCGUCCAGAAAAAAAAAUAGCUAAUCAGUAUAUUGCUAACCAAUGAUUGACGCAACUAAGUUACAAACUCAACCAGCUAAGUAGAUACUAACAAACCAAAGUGGCGAAUAGAUGAUGUCGGAGAGGAGCCGUGCGCUUGUUUAGUGACUUACAUCCAUUUCUUGCGUGUUUGCUCAACAAUACAUCAAGAACAGCAGGCUAGUUAGCUACAUGAAGAUGGCCAGCUGAACAUUAUUCUGCCUUCAGCAUUUAUUAUUAAGCUCGAUUCUCUACCGUCGUGGGAUCUUUCUUCAUAACCAUGCUUUCGCGCUUUAAACGUUGCCUUUUCAUACAUCCUUUCCACUUGCGCUCCUAAACUUGUAAUUGUCUCCUCUGAGCUGCUCAUAUUGUGGCGCUUGUGCGCCACCAAGCUAAGCUAACAGCAUAGGAAUAGUGCGUGCAUGGGCCAAACCCAUUUCACACACUAGCUUGCUGCUAUCCAGCCGCGAGAUCUUUUUGGACCAGAAACUGGAGAGUUUUCUAGAAGCAUACACGGUGCAUGACGAAAAAGCAGAAUGUUGAUUUGCAGAAAGCGACGGAUCUUUUCCUUAGACAUUGAUCGAGAACUAUAUUGAUCCUAAAGCGCAACGCAAGAAGCCUCAAUCCGUCUAUAUACGCUACAAAAUGAGCUCAAAGUGAACGGAGACAUUGGCCUGCUUCGGGUAACAGGGCCACUGGCUUUCAACGAUGUAGCUUUGUAAACCACGUGCAGUUUUGCAGCGUAUGUACCAGGACAAUAACGAUGAACAAUCAAGGAAUGAGGUCACAAGAGAAGAUGGAGCUGGACCUAGACAUCUCAUCGUCACUUAUUACGAGCGAUGGGCACCUGAGACGAUCGAACAGCGAACCGAUGAUAAACGUCCUGAGUGACGCUUCACAGGUGUACCAGAGAGAGGUUCUCCGAAGCAGAAGAAACAGUACAACUGUUGCUCGACCCAAUAUGGUUCCAUCUUCUCCAGUACGUGUACCAAGCACAAGACUGCAACGGAUCAAACAGGAAGAGGGUGUUGAUGUGAUGAACCGAGAAACUGCCCAUGAGCGAGAGGUGCAGGCAGCCAUGCAGAUGAGCCAGUCUUGGGAGGAGAGUCUUAGUCUGAGUGAUAAUGAUCUUGAGAAAUCUUCCUCAUCUCCAAAGCGGAUCGAUUUUGUGCCUGUGUCCCCUGCUCCUUCACCCACCAGAGGGAUUGGGAAAAAGCAGUGCUUCUCUCCCUCUCUGCAAAUCCUGGUGAGCAGUAAUGGUCUGACACCUAGUCCUGUUCCCAGCCCAACACGCCGUUUCAGCAGGAGGAGUCAGAGCCCAAUUAACUGCAUCAGGCCCAGCAUUCUGAGGCCUCUUAAACGCAAAGGUGAAAUGGAGACUGAAAGCCAGCCCAAAAGGCUCUUUCAGGGUACAACCAACAUGCUCUCCACAGAAAUGUGCCACCUGCCAGAACUUAACACCUGUCUCUCUCCAGAUCUUCUGGAUGGAAGUCUCAGUAGCGUUGGAUCCUCUUCAGACUCACCUGCCAAGAUGGAAGGAGUGUCGUCGUCCUCCAGUAACUCUCCCCUCACACCCCUCCGGGAUCUCUCCCCUAAGUGAGCCACUGAGCAUCAGGGACAAGAUAGGAGAGGAUGUAGAAUUAGCACUGCUACUCUGGCCCUCUUCCAGUCUUUUAAGUUUCUUUUCCAAUGCCUUCCCAGCAUGACUUUUGUUCUCAUCCUGAACUGGCCUGUUAUCUGCUUGCCAGUGGAUAAAUUAGGUGUUUGUGUUAAAGGAAAACAGACCCUCAUUGGGACAGACCCUAAGAGUGAUGUAUAUGCAUUGAGAGACUGUGGAUGCUUUUAAAUCAGCUGCUAUAAAUGGAUUUAAAACAUGGUGUAUAGAUUUGUAUCAAAGUGAACAGCGUUACAGCAUCCAGCCCAUCUGAAAUACUUCAUUACUGUAGUUGUCUUAGAUGAGAGGAAUGCCACAGCAAGGAAACUGAAUGGGUCUUGAAUUUGUUUUCCUCAAGAUAAUUAUCUUGUUUGAAAAGGUUUUGAAAAGAAAACUGCUGUAAACAGGAUAACAAAUACAGGCCUGUUAUUUUAUUUACAAUCACAACUUGCCAACUGGUAUUGUGUGUUAGAAUUAACUUAUUUUUGCUUUUAUUUGUAUGUACAUAAGAUUGAAUCCUCCGAAGUCAUCCUGUAAUAAUUGGUGGUGAAACACGCAGAGGCAAAGUGAAGAGCAAACUGACCGCAGAGUUCUAUUAGUGGUGCAGCUGCACUUUAAAGGGGCUAUGAAAAUGUAUUUGCUUUGUUUGUAAUGUGAUUGUAAAAUCUGAUUUAAUUGUUUUCAUUUGUGAAUUGAAAGAGUGGGGUUUUGUUCCACAAACCGCAGUGUAAAUCAUUUUUUUUUCUGAAUGUCUUUGCAAACCACAGUACGUGGGUCAUGUUGAUGGGAUAAGUGUGUUUGUUGUUUACUUGGCUGCUUUGUUUUUGUCCUGUGGACAUGUCCAUUUCUUUAAUUAUUUCACACUGUCCUGUUGUCUCAACAAACAGUAAUUUGAAAAGCCUCUUUAUGUGAUUGUUGAAGAUCUGAGUGCUUUCAUGAGAAACAUUAAGCUGUACUCCGCUCUCCCUGAACAAAAAUCUUCCUUUCAUAUCUGAAAUUUCCAGAUGUCAGAAAUAAAUUAUUUGUCCAGCUAUUGUUUCUUGUUACAUCGGUUUUAAUGGA